GACUGCUUUGUGGAGGCCGCUCCCAGGUCGGAGGGCCGAUCUUCUCUUAUACUUAAGAUACGCAGUAUGAUCUCGUUAUCGCUUCUUCCUUCUCUUCUUCUGCCACCAUGAAAAACUUUGUCUAUAAUGCACUUCCGUCCCGUGUCAUUUUCGGUAAUGGUACUCUUGACCAAGUCGUCCAAGAGAUAACAAGCCUUGGAUGCAGCAAGGCUUUGAUAUUGACUACGCCUCAUCAGGUAGCAGUGGGGGAGAAGGUGAAAGAGCUCGUGGGCGACAAAGCGGUCGGCAGAUACGCGAAUGCGACGAUGCACACACCAACGGAUGUUACGGACGACGCUAUUGGCGUAGUUCAAAAACUGGGCGUUGAUGUAGUCAUUGCCGUGGGGGGCGGCUCUACCAUAGGUCUGGCGAAGGCAAUCGCGCUGAGGACCGAUUUACCACAAAUUGUUAUUCCAACAACAUACGCUGGUUCGGAGGCGACACCCAUCAUUGGUCAGACUGAAAAUGGACUGAAAACGACUCAGAAGACCCUUAAAGUUCUUCCGGAAGUGAUCAUCUAUGAUGUUUCUCUGACCGUGACCUUGCCACCGCGGAUGACCAUCACAUCCGGAUUGAAUGCCAUCGCGCACGCUGUUGAGGCCCUCUACUCAAAAGAGGCCAGUCCCAUCACCGACACUCUUGCCGUACAGGGAAUUUCGAGUAUUGCUAAAGCGCUUCCUGUCAUCAUGAACGAUUCUGAGAACCUUGACGCACGGAGCGAAGCUUUGUAUGGCGCCUGGGCAUGUGGGACAUGUCUAGGUGCAGUAGGAAUGGGGCUGCAUCACAAGCUAUGCCACACUCUUGGUGGUACCUUCAACAUGCCUCAUGCCGAAACUCAUACCGUCAUUCUUCCUCAUUCAAUGGCUUAUAAUGCGCCUUACGCUCAGGAAGCGAUGGAAAAGGUCGCAAAGAGUCUCGGCGUAUCCAAUGCGGCGCAGGGCAUUUUUGAUCUUUCCAAGAGUCUUGGGGCACCGUCUACAUUGAAGGAACUAGGUAUGAAGGAGGAGGACCUGGGGAAGGCAGCAGACAUCGCUUCGAAGAGUCCGUAUCCUAACCCUGCGCCUCUGGAGAGGGCAAAGCUCUUUCAACUGCUGAAAAACGCAUAUGAGGGAGUGCGACCAACCUGAGAACGAGAAGAUGUUUACUCGAGGUAUAAUGUAUGUAGUAAAAAUCCUUUGUACAACAUUGAAUGCUACGGAAUGACGUCUCCCUACCACCCAAAGUUUACAUGAAUUCGUAAACAUUCCAAAAU